AUGGAUAUUCAUGUGGAUACUCAACAACCCCUUUUGGAAAACUCACCCCAAAAAAUUCCGAAAACAACAACACAAAAGACAAUAAGAAAAACAUUCAAAGGAACAGCCUAUUUAGCCAACCUUCUUCCAACGGGAACCGUUCUAAUAUUCCAAACACUAUCACCAGCUUUGACACACAAAGGCCAAUGUCACACGAUAACAAGCAAAAUCAUGACUAUAGGUUUAUUAACAUUUUGUAGCAUCUCAUGUUUUCUUCUAUCGUUCACCGAUAGCAUAAGGGAUGAAAGGGGAAAAGUCAGAUAUGGUGUGGCAACGUUGAAUGGUAUUUGGGUUAUGGAUGGAUCAAUUAAGCUUCAAGGUGAAGAAGCAAAUAAAUAUAAGCUAAGGUUCCUUGAUUUGUUUCAUGCAUGUGGUUCUAUAUUGGUUUUUGGUGCUAUUGCACUUUUUGAUCAAAGUGUAGUCACAUGUUUGGCUCCAAAUCCUUCUGAGGAGGCCAAAGAGCUUUUGGCAGUAGUGCCUAUUGGGAUUGGAAUUUUGUGUAGUGUUCUAUUUCUCGCAUUUCCUACCCAAAGACAUGGGAUUGGCUUCCCUCUUUCAAGAAAUUAG